AUGGUGCCGGGUCCAGACCCCUCUUUGAUCACGGCAGCUCCCUCCGAACGACCCGGCGGAGACACACUACGGCUGUUUCGGAGACAGAAAAUAAAAAUAAGUAAAAGAGUUGUUUUCCCGGCGCAGGUAAACACGGUAGCGCCGCGAGCAGACGAGCCCAAAGCCGACCGGAGAGUCCUGGUUCACCCGCAGACCGGAGCGUCCUGGUCCACCCUCAGACCGGAGAGUCCUGGUUCACCCUCAGACCGGAGAGUCCUGGUUCACCCUCAGACCGGAGAGUCCUGGUUCACCCUCAGAGCGGAGAGUCCUGGUUCACCCUCAGACCGGAGCGUCCUGGUUCACCCUCAGACCGGAGCGUCCUGGUUCACCCUCAGACCGGAGAGUCCUGGUUCACCCUCAGACCGGAGCGUCCUGGUUCACCCUCAGACCGGAGAGUCCUGGUUCACCCUCAGACCGGAGAGUCGGUUCACCCUCAGACCGGAGAGUCCUGGUUCACCCUCAGACCGGAGAGUCCUGGUUCACCCUCAGACCGGAGCGUCCUGGUUCACCCUCAGACCGGAGCGUCCUGGUUCACCCUCAGACCGGAGCGUCCUGGUUCACCCUCAGACCGGAGCGUCCUGGUCCACCCUCAGACCGGAGAGUCCUGGUUCACCCUCAGACCGGAGAGUCCUGGUUCACCCUCAGACCGGAGAGUCCUGGUUCACCCUUAGACCGGAGAGUCCUGGUUCACCCUCAGACUGGAGCGUCCUGGUUCACCCUCAGACCGGAGCGUCCUGGUUCACCCUCAGACCGGAGCGUCCUGGUUCACCCUCAGACCGGAGCGUCCUGGUCCACCCUCAGACCGGAGAGUCCUGGUUCACCCUCAGACCGGAGAGUCCUGGUUCACCCUCAGAGCGGAGAGUCCUGGUUCACCCUCAGACCGGAGAGUCCUGGUUCACCCUCAGACCGGAGAGUCCUGGUGUGUACUCAGUGUACUCUCUCAUGUUCUGCACCGGAGACAACAGGCCGGUUGUUUUCUGUCGCGGAUCUGAUAACAUUAGACUCUGCUCCACUGCCCACAUCCACUGUACCGUCUCCACUCAGCCAUUCAAAUCCACCGAGCCAUCAGCGACACAUCUGCACCGGGAUCUGAGCCCAGGAUCAGGUCUGGGCCGUGGGCAGCAGAGAGGAGAGGCCUGGGUGGAUGGAUGCUCGGCUGGAUGCUCGGCUGGAUGGUCAUCUGGCCGCGGCGUGGAGAGGAGAUGCUUAUCGUGGAUCAAUGCGGUGCGGUCUUAUCUGAGUGUCUGUCCUCGGGGCCUGAGGCGCCGUGUGCCCCGUGUCCAGCGGCUGCACAUCUGA